CCCCCACAACAUUGACGAGUUUAUUACUAACGUUACUACAGUACUACUAUGCUUCUCGAGCUGCUUGAAAGAGCGACGGGAGGCCGCCGCCGCCUCGUCCAUGGAACGGCACGGUCCGUCGAGUGGCAGUCGAUAUGACGGUUGUACCUGGUCCUCCUUCUAGUUCUUCGAGGCAGCUCAGGUCUUGUUCUACUUUGCGGGGGAUCGUCACUGAAGAUGGGCUCGACGGGGUGCUGCUGCUGCUACUCGAACGAUCAUUGUCACCAUCAUUGUCAUCAUUGUCGUCAUCGCUGUGGUCGGCCUUCUUUCGAUCGUAUCCCCGCGCUUUGCGGCUCUUUCCGUUGGGAUUUUGAAUCACAUCGCUGAGUUCCUUGCGGAGGUUUGCAAUGUGCACAUGGAACCGACUGCGCUCGCUGCUGCUGUCGACACUUUCCGCGACUACCUGGAGCGACGUGAUCCGGUUCACGAGACUGCGGAUACGCCGGUGGGGCCAUCGACAAAGCCCGUUCUUGCGGCAGAUCUUCUUCAUGAGCGUGAUGCACACGCCGAGCUCUUUGGCCACGGCCGCCAUGGGUUUGUUGAAGUGCGGACGGAGUUCGUUCAACGACACGUCCUUGAUGUUGAGGCCCGCGCGAUGGGGUACUACGGGGGGCAGCAUGAACUGAAGGAUCAACUGGCUGGCGUCGAGCGAUGUUGACAAAGGGGACGUCGUGGUCGAGCGCUUUGGACGAACGAGGUUGGGGUGGGGGAAUGAUGGAGGGGGGGGCGGCAUGGACGCUCGUGGCGACGACAUGGGACGACGCAUGACCGAGGAUGUCGACGAAGAAGACGCGUGGACGACGGCGGCGUCGAACACGGUCGACUUUUUCUCGACAAGGUACGCGUGUUGCAUGGACGCAUGGGAUUCUUCUUGGUGACGGAGGCGUUCGAGGUCUUCCUCGGCCAACAUGCGGUGGUAGUUGAGGUGCACGAGGUUGCGGCGCAUCGCGUCCUCUCGUUCCUGCUCUUCUCGUCGUUGUUGCAUGAACAGUUCCUGGAGAUGGUGCUGCGGCGCACCUUUUCGGGAAGGUCCCGACAAGGAAAACUGAUGGCGGUUGGCAGCGGAGGCGGCCACAGCCGCAGCGGCGCGACGACGGAUUGCUUGUUGCUUUUCCUUGAGCGCGAUGAUCUGUCGUUGUCGGCGCAUAAGUUCUUGUUCCUGUGCUUUCCACAAUAAAUGUUGCGCUUGCUUUUCGUGCAGGGGGGUGUGCUGUUGAUGGUGGUGCCGGAGAAGCAGCGACGGCAGCGCAGGUGCAGCCGCCGCAUCAUGCGGUUGAAAGGACAUGUUGAACGACGAGUGCGUUGCAGGCGGCGGUUCAAUGCGGGGAAAUGUCGCGCGGGUUACGUCUGCCGGUGACGUCGGCGACAGCCGUUCGUUCUUGAUGGACACGGGCUCCAUCACCGCCGUGGCGAUGCACGCGAGAUGGCGCAUCCGUUCCAUGUCGACUUGAUAAAGUCCGUCCAUCUUGGUCGUCGUCUGUGCUCG